GAUAGAUGGUUAUAACAUGCGUUCAACGUUAGACUCCAUGAGAAAGUACUCAAAUUUGCUCGAGUACAUAACGUUGUAAAGAGCAAGCAAAUUGAAGGAUAUUCUCUCUACCAACACAGAUCGGAUUACAUUUCAUGUGGUGUUGGAGGCGUCACAGGCGCGACGAUAUCAGAAUCAACAGAUCAAUUAGCGGUCAAUCAGUCACCACAACAACUACAGAAAACAUGCAUGAAUCCUGAAGAGUAAUAUGUGAAUAGUUUUUAAGUUGUCAGUGACAAUUGAUUCUGGGCUAAUCGAUCACUAUGAUUCGGGUGUCUUCACGCACCUGUGUCGACUCAACGAAUCGUGGAGCAGCGGUCCAAAAUGGCGGCCUGUGUUGACAGACUUUGUUACGCGCCUGCGCACAUUUCGAUCCAGGUAUUUUUAAAAAGAGUUGCCUGCGCAGCCUUCGUUGAUUUAGUCAUCGUGGCGGGAGAUGAUCUGACACUGACAGCUUUGCAAUCAAGCCAGCUGGCUCUUGCUGCGUGGAUAGACGCAGUCCGGUGGAAGAGACAUCAUGAUGUCAUUCGUUUCAAUCCUGCCGAUAUUUUGUUUUCUAUUCCUAAGGAUAUCUACAAUCUCAGGACUGAUUCCCACAGAAGAAACGGGGAAUGUCGCCAGUGAGACAUCGGCAACGACAACCAUGGUGGUACUUCCGUCGUCUGGCCACGAAUGUGGAAACAAAUCGACAGCAAAUGACGGCCUUUCGGGAGUUCAACAUUCUAAGGAUCAGGAUUGUGACCAAAGUAGUUCUCUUCCAUCUGCAGGACAACCUUUAAAGAAAGAUAAAACAGGCACAUCGGAAACCUGGCGGAUAGUUUCUGUAGAUAGCACCACAAUUUAUGCCUGUGGCAAUUCAACUUGUGAAAAUCAGUGCGAAAAUGAAAAGGUCGUGUAUAGUGGAAAUAUACAUUGCUCGUGCAGAACCACGUGUAAACUUACGGGGCGGUGUUGCUACGAUUUUGAAAAAUAUUGUGGCACACAUCCUGAUAACAACCUGGUAGACACUGUUCAACAUUACAAGAGAUGCCAGUUGCUGAAAAUCGGGAAGUAUGCCCUGACUGAUGAUAGGUCUGGGUUGUUUGCGACGGUUGCUACUUGCCCGACCGAUACAUCAAGGGAAAUCGCUGAUAAGUGCGAGGGCGAAAUAAGCCCAGAAAAAAUAGGAGAAAUAUUGCCGUAUGUUCCUUUAACUUACGGGGAAGUCCUGUUCGCAAACUCUUAUUGUUUAUUUUGCUGUACUGGGAUCUGGAUGAGCUCAAAUGUGCAGUUGAUCAUUCCGUCCUUCAGAUGUGGAUUCCUCCUCACCCCCACAACUCUGACUGAGUUAGUUUUUCGGCAUUGCUUCAAAGAUGUAACUGGGUUCAACGCGUCGGACAAGAUGAAAACCUGCGCUAAAAGUGAGACUGAAACGUGCAUGGGAGGAUUUGACGGAAUGAAUGACAGUCUGCUAUGCGAAAAGUACUACGCUCCUGUGAUAGUGAAGAAUCAGAAUGGUGAUGACACAUGGAGGAAGGUGUUCCCCUACAGCGACAGUCGGAAUCACAGCGACGUAUCGUGCAGUGACGGCUCUAGCCCUUUCCCGGUUAACGAUACUGACGAUGGAGAUUCGUCUCACAAGUCUUUGGUUGAAAUUUUCGCCACCAAAGACGAUGGUUUGUGCCCGAAAGAUGAAUACGUAGACAUCCAGUACGGCGGAUGUCGGAGGUGUCCCAUGGAAGACUUAAUAGACAGCGAGAUUUGCGCACGAGAUUACAAACUGUAUGCCAAGGUAAACAUGAGUUUGUUUCUCAUGAAAUCAUUCGGGAAGAGCGAAGUGAAACGCAUGUUUAUCGAGUCUGUUAGACCAGCCAUCAUGUAUCUCGGAGAAGUCAUGGACGUGAUUGUUAAGUAUAUUGAUGUCGUCUGCCAGAGACAAAAGAGCAGCUCGGGAAACAUUUGCAAUUUGACACUGAAUGCCGUUCUUGUUGUUUACCGCAGCGGGAAGUUACAGAGAAUACUGGACCUAAUCUCGCGAAAUGUAACAAGACUGGGGUUUAAUCUGGGCCCCAAUGACAGUGUCGCUAGUUCGAUUCAUGUCUCAAACCAGGACCAAGCGAGACUGUGCCAUACACUACAGGAAUACCAGAACGGUCAGUUUAGUCUUGAUGGCAGUCUUGUUGUUAUAAACUCCAGUACGCAGCGGUACCAUCUGUCUAAUCAAGAGAUCCGGUACACGUUUCUCGCAAGUGGAGAAGAAAUGGAAUCCAAGGUUGUGACCUGUGAGUACGUGAAGACUACCUUGGAUUACCUCAGCGAAGUCCUUCUAUCACUCUCAUUGUUUGGAUUAGCGGCGGUCUUUGUGACCCACUGUGUCCAUAAGGAGAUCCGGAACCAACCAGGCCAGAACUUGAUGUCUCUCUGCCCCAACCUGUUCCUGGCUUACCUGUUCCUCCUAUUAGGUCCACUGCUAACACACCUCCACAUCGUCUGCUCGGUAUUGGCAGUUGCCCAACAUUUCUUCUGGCUGACGUCCUUUGCCUGGAUGAGUGUUAUUGCAGCAAACACGUGGAACACAUUCCGGCCCGAUUCGAUAAAGACAAGCCAAGUUGCGAGCGUGAAAUCGUUCGUCAAAGGGUGUCUCUACGCGUAUGGCAGUCCGGCACUAGUCGUGACAACAUCGGUCAUCGUCACGUUCACCGUCCCUGAGCUUGGCUUCAGUUAUGGUGACAGGAAGAAGUGUUGGUUGGGCAACUUCUACCAGAAGAUUAUAACCUUCCUAGUUCCCGUCGGCAUCCUGUGCACGAUCAAGUUGACCCUGUUCGUCUUGACGGUGGUCAACAUCGUGAAGGUCAGGAAGGUCACUGCCAAGGUCCAAACAAAGUCGUCACAUACAGCGGUCAUGAAUUUUCUACCGUAUGUGAAGUUGUCAGUCAUUCUGGGGACGUCCUGGGCGCUGGGUUUCCUUGCCGAGCAUGAUGACAGUCAGGUCCUCCGUUAUGUUUUCGUCAUCUUAAACGGCAGCCAAGGAAUCCUGCUUGCGGCAGUUUUCUUCAGCAACGCACGCAUUCGCCAUCUCUGGCGCAUGCGCUUUUGCAAGAAAUCUGAGCGGUCGUCUGGUUAUACGCACACCACUUCGGGGAAAAUUGCAUCAAUGUCUGCUUCUGACUAGGAUGUUAAACAUUGUGUAUGAAGGGCGAGACUCAUUGAGACUGAAGGCAGUCGAAGCGCCAUCUUGACAUUGCUCCACUUGAGGAUGGCAGUGGCCUUCGAUCAUUUUGAUUCAGGAACAUGAUGACGUGAAGACUGAGGUCAUUAUCCGGCCUAUGUUCUUUUGGGCACCAACUUCUCGGUUCCACCAGGACAGGCCCAUGUCCAAUGAAAGGCACUCCUUCAACCUGCUAGAGUUACUGGAAGACGAUUCAAGGGGACCGCUGGUGAAUGAGGAAUGACAUGUACUUUCAUUCCAUCGUUAUUUUCCAUCAGGUUAACCAAGUCCGCCCCCCCCCCCCACACAGUAUCGCCCCCACAAUAUCUUCUCGUGGCGAGCACAACAUGUAGCAGCCUUAUCCAAGAUCUGUUGUAUUGGACUCCCAUUCAAGAAGGACUUGUAUUUCAGUCACACCUCGUCCACCAGGAGAAACAGUCCCAAUUUCUGGAUCACCCGCAUCUCGGCCCCGAAGUAAACCCGAGUCAAAAUGCCCGAAUGACUGAGUGCAAUAUUGAAGUGAAUA